AUGGUAUAUGCCGCAUGUUUGCAUCUCGUCCGAUUUCUGGAAGGAGCGAUAGGUAGAAUCGAUAACGCCCAGUUCAAGGAUGCGUCGAUUGAUACCGUGUCAAAAGUCGAGAAAGUUUACAGAACUCAGAGGCGCUUCUUAGAACUUUACCCCAAGCUCACAAAUUUUACACCACCAACUGCCCAACAGGUCGCUCCUCGAUACCCACAGCAUAAUGAAAUCGAUGAACUUGUUGACAAUCUCAGCAGUAUCGACAAUUGGCUCCUAGAUAUGGAACCUAGGUCAUCUGGAACCUUGACCCCAGCCGUCGCUGUUUGCGGUGGCCAGCGAGAGGAAGAAAUUGAUGAAACAGCCUUGAUCUAUCUCGCUGAGAUAUUCGAUAACGUUGACGAAUAA